GAUUUUAGCAAUAUCUGAAAUACUUCUUUCUUAAGCUGUCUGCCAGUUAAAGCUAGUACCAUAAUGAGAAGUACUCGACCACUAAUACCACUUUUUUUUUUUUUUCUUUUUUGCCCCGGCGUGGGGGGGACGGACUGAGUCAGAUUACAACAGUGGCCAGAAUUCAAACUAAGAAACACUUCAGCUCCUGAUGGAAGAACAAAGUGUUAUUACUGAGGUCCCAGCAGCCUUAAAGCGUCUAGCCAAAUACAUGGUGCGUGGUUUCUAUGGAAUAGAGUACUCACUGGCCCUUGAUGUGUUGAUCCGCUACCCCUGUGUCAAAGAAGAUGACUUGUUACAGUUGCUCAAGUAUGAACGCAAGCAAUUGCGUACCAUCCUCAACACACUCAAAGCAGACAAGUUUGUCAAGUUGCGUAUGCGAGUUGAAACAGGGCCUAAUGGGAAGAGCACAAGGCACAAUUACUAUUACAUCAAUUACAAGGUGCUCGUGGAUGUCAUAAAAUAUAAACUGGAUCAUGUACGCCGGAAGAUAGAAGCAGAUGAGCGGGAUUCAACUACCAGGUCUUCUUUUAAAUGUCCAUCUUGCUCCAGCACUUACACAGACCUGGAAGUCAACCAGCUGUUUGAUGUAUUUACAGAGACUUUCCGCUGCACUUACUGCAACACUGAAGUAGAGGAGGAUGCCUCAGCACUUCCCAAACGAGAUGCUCGAACUUUGCUAGCAAGAUUCAAUGAGCAGAUUGAACCUAUCUUUCUGCUCUUGCGUGAGACUGAAGAUAUUGUUCUGCCGUAUGACUUGCUGGAGCCCCAGCCUACAGAAAUCCCAGAAUUAUCAGAAAGCUUUGAUCAUAAAGCAUGUUCAAGCAUGCUGGACUCUAGCAUCCGACCUGAAAAAUGGGCCAACAGAAGCUCCUCCUUUGGCAAUAUGUAUAUCCAAAAUUUAGUUAUUGAUGUCCAAGACUCUGAGCCCAAGAAGAAAACAAAAGAAAAAGUAACUAAAGAACAACCUAUUUGGAUGUCACAGAGUACUGUGGAAGGAGCAACAGCAGCCACCAACAAUACUGCUGGAGUACAUACUUCUGAAGAAAUCAAAGGAAGUGGUAAAGAAACUGUUGCUGACAGUGAAAUCAUCAAGACUCUUCUGAUCCAUGAAUCCAAGUCAUCUUCUGGCACUGAGCAUAGGCCCCUUGUCAAAAGCAAGCUUCCUGAAUCAGAAAGUGACACUAGUGAAUCAGAGGAAGAUGCCAAGCAUUCAAGAACAGAAGUAAUGAAAGUAGCUGGCACCAACUUUGAACAAGAGGAGGAACAGGAAACACUAGAUCCCAUUUUAAUGGUAGCUGGCCAACCUCACUCAUACAGUGAAAUUAAUGAAAAGCCACAACUUGUCUCUCUCAUGAGAAAUGAAGAGAGAGAAGCUUACAUAAAAGUAGGACAAGAAAUGUUCCAGUCUGUCUUUGAAUAAAUGCUGUUACACUGAAUAUGCAAGCUUGCAUAGGAUGAGUGAGAUUUCCUUUUGAGAUAAGUUUAACUUCUGUUCUUCAAAGACUAUCAUCAGUGAAGGAUUAACUUUUGUUUGUACUCCUUGCUGUUAUGCAAGAUAGCUACAGGUAAAACUCAGUCUUGCUGCUAACUACAGUUCAAAAUACUGGCACUGCAGCCAAAGCAGCCUGAAGUUACUGUGGGUUUUCUGUUGUCUUAUUGCUUAGAUUUAGUGUGAAUACUGUGAUUAGGUUUGAGGCAUGAAUCAUUCUAUGGCUAUGAUGAGAUACAACAAUCCAACAAAAUAAAGCUUCCAAAGCAAUGCCACAAUCUAUUUUUAAGAAAUCAACUACUCUACCUUCCUUGCAGAAGCAACAAUUUCUUCUGGUAGCAUAAAUGAGUUUACUCCUAAUAUAAUUUGGAUUCAUUCUGUACCACUGCAUAGUGAAUGACUAACCUGAAAACAGAGAGGUGUUGUACAGGAAUUUCCCUUUAAAUGAAGAGUUCUUAAUAAAAUUACAUUAGCUAUAGAGGAGCAUCAGCUUUGUCAGCUUAAUUUUCACCCUAGAAAUUCUUUUUCCUUAUUACUCUGCACAUAACUGUUCUGAAAUGAUGAAGUGAACUGUGCAAAUGAAACUCAAUUUUGAAUGGUUGCAGAAAGGUGUCUAUUCCUACUUCAGUGGGUUUUUUUUUCUUCCCAGCAUAGAAGGCUUCAGAGCAGGUGUGAGGUACAAAAAAGUCUCAUACAACUACUUAAUCACCCAAACAGGUGCUUCCCACGCUGCCUUUAGUAUGUAUGUAUUGGACAGCCUGCUCUUCACUCUGGACCAGACAGGUUAGAAAGCAAGCAAUUUAUCAGGCAUAAACCCAUGCUUAUGACCUUGAAUCUCUUAUCAAAUGAGCUCAAGUAUUAAGCUAACUUCACAGACAUUCUCUUAUAUUAGUAUGUAUUUGAUAAGAAGUGGUUUGGUCACAUGCCCUCCUGUAAUUAUUCUAAGCAAAACCCUACCACCACUGAAAAUGUUGCCUAUGCAUAUAUACACUGUAUAUACACACAUACAUAUACACACACACACACACACAUAUAUAGUAUAGCCCAUGCAUUACUACAGUAGUGAAUUGAACAGUGACAGAAGUAGAAAGUUUUUAUGAGUUUUCCCUUCCCCCCUCACCCAAAUGAAGAGGUUAUUAAUAAAAACUAAGAAUACAGCUGAACGAUAUUUCUGUAUGAAAAUCCUGAUCUGAUAUUUUAGAGUUUCACUACUAUUUAAUAUUUCAAAUGGACCUUUUGUAACUAAGAUUUCCUGAAAUAACAGCAGCUCACAGAGCAGACAGAUACUAUAGUAAACCAGAAGGAAGAAAGGGAACUUUUUGCAUAGAGCUUGUGGGAUUGGUGGGUUAUAUACACUAUAAUCAGUAAAAAAUAAAGAUAUAAACUUUUAAUUAA